AUGAGCCUCAACAUUGGACCCUUCGGAAUCAUGACCGUGAUCCACGCCAUUUUGGCGCUGUUUCUCAUCAUUGAACUUGGCCUGUCUGCUUGGCUCGUUGAUAAGAGCAUCAGUUGGUACUGGUCUGGUUCUCCCAUGUCCUUUAUCCUCUUUGGAUGUAUCUGGUCUUUCCUCGUCCUCCUCUACGUCAGCCUUGUUCCUCGGUUCAUCACCAGGAUUCACAUGCCCAUCGUCUCAGUUGUCCUCACCAGCGUCACCAUGAUCUUCUGGUUCGCGGGCUCUACCGCCCAGGCUGUGCGUAUUGGUAUCCCCUCUUGCGGCAAGGAUGGCCCAUGCCAGGCAACCCAGGCCGUCGUUGCCUUUGGAUACUUCCUGUGGGCUGGCUUCAGCUCGCUGGUUGCCCUUGAAGCCCUGGCUCUCUGGAAGUCGCGAGGCCCUGCUGCUCAGCCCUCUGCGGUUUAG